GACAAACUCCAUUUUUUUUUGAGAAGAUCUAGUGAGAUUCUGUUUUUCAUGGAAGAGCCGGAUGAGAGAGAUGCUUCUCGCGGUGUUUCGGAGUCAACCGUCACUGCUGGGGAGCAUGUAGUUGACGGAAACCUAGUGGGUUCCGGUGUUAGUGUUAGUAAGGAGCGGGUUCAAAGUUCGUUGUCGGAGGAGGAGGUGGGAAGAGCAGAGGGGGGUGAUGGGGCUUGUAAUGGUGGUGAGGAUAUCAUGGUGGAAGUUUUGGGUUCUGAUGUUUAUUUUGAUGGUGUAUGUACUGAUAGGACUGCUGAGAACUUGGAUGAGGUUGGUUCUGGUGGUUCAACUGGGGAGGAGCCCAGUGUGGGGAGGGAUGGAAUAUCUCCCCGUGGAGAUGCACCCGAUGUAGGUGUUUCUGGUGGUCCAGAAAGUGAGGGAGUGUCGGGGGUUGGGGAAUCAGUAAAAGAAACGUCUCAAGGAGGUGUGGAGGGCGACCAAGGAGUUGUUGAUGCUAUGGUUCUGGAUCAUGAUGCUCGGGUGGAUGAUUCUUCGAUAGUUGCAAGCCAUAUGGACAGAGAGGCUGAAGCUGUUCAUGUGGAGGAGGAAAACACUGGAAGCAAGGAGGCUAUGGAUGUAGAUACACAGGUGGGAUCCAGUGUAGGCAGUCUAGUUCACAACAGUCCAGAUGAUAAAAUUUCGAACAAUGAAGAACCUCAUAAGGUGGAGGUUCGUUCUGUGCAACCAAAGAAUUCUCCAACAGAAAAUGGGUUUGGAGAUGACUUAGUGAAUGCAGGUGGGGAAAGGCCACUUGUAACAGAGGAAGCUCCAACAAGUGAUGGGGGAGAAAGUCUGGAAAAAGAACCAGGUCAAGAGAAUGUGGAGGAAGGUAAGCAAAUUGUCGAUGCACCAGUUGACCUGCAGGAAAGACUUGGAGUUACAGAUGUUGAUGCACGGAAUCCUGGGAUCAAGACUUCAACUUCUUCUGCAGAUGGUAGUGAAAAUUCAAAUUUACGGGGCCAGGAUGCUAUUGAAAAAGCUCCUGACAUGCUAAUUGAAGAAAAUUUGAAUCCCAAAGUUAUUUCUCAUAGUGAUGGUUCGGAGAAAGACCUUUCUAAUUUGGAAGGGGAUGAGAGUUGUAUGGUUGAGAAAGAGCAUGAAGAUAAAGAAAAAAGCGAUCAUAUAGAUGAUCAGAAUCGAGCUGUUGGAGGAGGGGAACUUCCUAAUAGCAUUUUGACACAUGGGCAGAAGAUUUCUGAUGAUGAACAGCUUGGUUUAUAUGCAGGGUCAACGGCAGUUGAAGUUCCAGAGAUAGCAUCACAGGCACUUGAUAGUGAAAAUUUGGAUCAAAGUAUAGCUCCUGAAAAUGUGGUGAAUGUGGUGAGUACAGAUUCAAUAUUCUCAAGUCAAUCAAACCAAAGGGAUUCUGAGGUAGAUGUUGCAGUACAAAAUGAUAGUAAAAUUUUGGCUCCAAGUAUUGAAGUUUCUGCUGAAAACGAGCAAAAUUUAAAUGUGGAGACAGAAUGCAGGAAUUUGGAGUCAGAUCCUGAAUCCAAUAGACAAGGAGGGGCUAUUGGUGCGAACAUUGAGGAAAAUGCUGUCAUUGAUAAUUCUCUGGCUGAUUUUGAGAGUGUGGAAGGAAUGGAAGUUGAUCAAAGCUUCAAUGUUAAUCAGGUGGGUUUACAUGGUGAGGAAGAAAUGGAAGAUGUGACAAGUAUUGAUAAUGACGAUGAUCAAAUUGCUGAAUGUGCAGCCGAAAAUCCUGAAGGUUCUGUACAAUUGCAUCAGGCUUGUUAUCAGCUGCCACCAGAGAAUGAAGGUGAAUUUUCUGUUUCUGAUUUAGUGUGGGGUAAAGUGAGGAGCCAUCCUUGGUGGCCAGGUCAGAUAUUUGAUCCAUCUGAUUCUUCUGAUAAGGCAAUGAAAUAUUAUAAAAAGGAUUUCUUUUUGGUUGCAUAUUUUGGGGACCGUACGUUUGCUUGGAAUGAAGUGUCUCAGUUAAAGCCCUUUCGGACACAUUUCUCCCAAGAAGAGAUGCAAAGCAAUUCAGAAGCCUUCCAAAAUUCUGUUGAGUGUGCUCUAGAAGAAGUCUCUAGAAGAUCUGAAUUGGGGCUAGCGUGUGCUUGCACACCUAGAGAAGCAUAUGACAUGAUUAAAUGUCAGAUUAUUGAAAAUGCUGGAAUUCGAGAAGAAUCUUCUAGAAGAUUUGGUGUAGACAAAUCUGCCAGUGCGGCAUCAUUUGAACCAGCUAAACUAAUUGAAUACAUCAGGGACUUGGCAAAGUUUCCAUCUGAUGGCAGUGACCGUUUGGAACUUGUGAUAGCUAAGGCCCAGCUGACAGCAUUUUAUCGUCUAAAGGGGUAUUGUGGCUUGCCUCAAUUCCAAUUUGGUGGCUUGCCUCAGUUCCAGUUUUGUGGGGGGCUGGUGGACAAUGAGUCAGACUGUUUAGGCAUUGAAAUGGAGUCAAGUGAUUUUAUUCAGCAUGUAGCUUCUUGCCAGGAUGAUGCACAGAACACCCCCUGUAAGGAGAAAUCAGAAAGUCGGAGUAGUUCUUAUCAUAAACGCAAACAUAACUUGAAGGAUGGUCUGUAUCCAAAGAAAAAGGAAAGGAGUUUGUAUGAACUAAUGGGUGAAACUUUUGACAAUUUAGAUGGAGAAAAUUGGUCUGAUGCAAGGACGACUACCACAUUGGUGUCACCAUCUGCUAAGAGACAGAAGACUGUCGAACAUCCUACUGAUUAUUCAGGUACACCAGAUGGAAGGAAAACUGUAUCCUUUGCAAAGGUUUCUGGUACUGCACCUGUUAAAACGUCCUUCAAAAUUGGUGACUGUAUUCGUAGGGUUGCAAGCCAGUUGACUGGUACGCCUCCAAUUGUCAAAUCUAAUAGUGAGAGGUUCCAAAAGCCAGAUGGUGGCUUUGAUGGACACGUGGUCCAUGACUCUGAUGUUUUCCUCCAGAACUUUGAUGAUGCCCAAAGAGGAAGGGUAAAUCUUCCUGUAGAGUACUCCUCCUUGGAUGAAUUGCUAGGCCAACUUCAACUAGUGGCAAUAGAUCCAAUGAAGGAAUACAGCUUCUUGAACGUAAUUGUUAGUUUUUUUGCCGAUUUUCGAGAUUCGUUAAUUUUGAGGCAGCAGCCUGGGAUUGAGGAUUUGGCCACGGACAGAGGAAGUGGUAAGAGGAAAGCACUAUUUACUCCUGUUGUGUUACCAGAAACUUUUGAAUUUGAGGAUAUGAGUGACACUUAUUGGACGGACAGGGUAAUCCAAAAUGGAACUGAAGUUCCGCCAUCUCGUAGAACCAGAAAACGAGAUUCGCAACUUGCAGUUGGAGAACCAGAGAAGGCUCUUCAAGGGAGUCGGAGGCCAUACAAGAAGCGAAAUUCUGUUGGCAAUCAUGUUUUGUCAGCUGAGAAGUUUACUGGCUCUGCUGAUCAGCCAUCUCCUGCAGAACUUGUAAUGAACUUUUCUGAGGUGGAUUCUGUGCCAUCAGAAAAAACCCUGAAUAAUAUGUUUAGGCGGUUUGGACCCUUGAGAGAAUCUGAGACAGAAGUUGAUAGGGAGGGUGGGCGUGCAAGAGUAGUUUUCAGAAAAUCUUCUGAUGCGGAAAUUGCUUAUAGCACUGCUGGAAGGUUCAGCAUCUUUGGACCUAGACUUGUAAAUUAUCAGCUCAGCUAUACUCCUUCUACCCUGUUUAAAGCGUCUCCCAUUCCCAGACUUCAGGAUCAGGAAAUGCAUCUUGAUCUUAGCACGACUCAGUUUCACGAUAUGCAACUUGAUUUAGCCUCAUUCCACGACCAUGAAAUGCAGCUAGAUUUAUCUUCGAUUCAUGACCAGGAAAUGCAACUUGAUCUUUCCACCAUUGGAUACCAGGAAAUGGAAUCUGUUCUUGAUCCAAACCAUCACCAGGAGAGUAAACCUAACUACACUGCCCAGCUUGGGGAGAUGCAGGCUGGCUUUUCAACAAUCCAAUAUGAGAGGCAACAUGAUAUUUCUUCAAUUCAUGAUCAGGAACUGCACUCUGUUUUUGUUUCAAACCAGGAGACACAAUCAGGUCCUAUUUCUUCCCAAGACCAGGAAUUGCAACAUAAUUUCACCUCAACCCAGUUUGGGGAGAUACAGGCUGAUCAUACUCUAACUCCACAUCAUGAUGAGCCACCAGUUUCUGCCUCAGCCCAGGAGCAGAAUAUGCAACCAGUUUUUGCCACAAUCAAGGAGGAGAAGACACAGCCGGAUGUUACUACACUCCAAGCCGAGACACAGUCAGUUCUUGGCAUCAUCCAGGAGCAAGAGACGCAUGCUAUUCUUGAUGCAACCCAAGUUGGUACGAUGCAAGCUGAUCUUGCUCCAACUCAUCACGAGAAGCAAACUGUUCCUGCCACAAGCCAGGAGCAGGAGAUGCAGCCAGUUUUUUCCAUGAUCCAGAAGGAGGCACAGCCAGUUCUGGCCACUAGCCAAGAGCAAGAGAAUGUGGCUGUUAUUGGCACCACAAUCCAUCACGUGGAGGAGCGACCUGUUCCAUCCACUCCCCUGGAGCAGGAGAUGCAACCUGUCCUUGCCACAACUCAGGCGAAUGAAAUGUUGCCAGUUCUUACUGCAGCUCAAGAUCAUGAAAGGGAACCUCUGACCACAUUGGAGGAGUCAAUGGGGGAACCUGCUCCUGCUAUGACAGAAGCGCAAGAAAUACAACAUGCUCUUGGCACAGUGAAGGGGAAUGAGGCAGAAGAUGUUCUUGGAAAAAAAGAGCAGGCAACUCAAUCUGUUACCAUUGCUACUGAUGAACAAGACGAUGGGCAGCCACUUGUUUUGGGGGAGGAGGCUGAAGGAGAAACUCAGCUGGCUCCUGCCAUGACAGAGGGACAGGAAACACAAGUUCUUGACACGAUGGAGGGACGUGAGACCGAACAUGAUCUUGGCGCAAAGGAGCAGGCAACUCAAUCUGUUACUGUAACUGAUGGUCAAGAUGAGACACAACCACUUGUUUUAACUGGUGAAGAGGUUCAGGACGAGACUAAGCCCAUUCUUGCCUCAACCCAGGAACUGGAAACUGAGCCAGAUGUUACCUCCACUCAGGAGUUGGAACCUGACGAGGAUACUAUGCAAACACAGGAGUUGCGACCUGAUCACGUGACAAGAGAGGAGCACGAGGCUGUGCCAGUCUCUCUUUCAUCCCAGGUGCAUGGUGAGCAGUCCAAUCAUGCUGAAGAACUUGAGCAGGAUGUGCUUCCUGAUAAUGCUGCGAAUGUGGUGCCAAAGGUAAAAUUUAAUGAUGACAUGAAGGAGGAGCAUGAAGUGCAACAUGGUAGUAGCACAAAGCAGGAGCUGGAGAUGCAAUAUGAUAUUCCUACAGAUCAGGAACAGGAGAAGCAAGAUGAUAAUGGCACAGAUCAGGAGCAGGAGAAGCAAUGUGGCAAUGCCGCAGAUCAGGAGCAGGAGAAACAAUGCGACAAUGCCGCAGAUCAGGGGCAGGAGAUUCAGGAGCAGGAGAUGCAAUGUGAUAGUGACACAAAUGAGGAGCACAUGGUGCAAUCUGGCGAGGCUACACCCAAUGAGCAGGAUGUGCAAUCUGAUCAUGAGCAAGAAUUGCAAGCUGAUCGUGCCACUAACCAGGAGCAGGAGACGGAAUCAAAUUUUGCCACAUUACAAGAGCAGGACGCACAAUCUGAUUUUUCCCAAAAGCAUCUGACCCAGGAUCAGGCGAUGCAACCUGAUCUUGCCGCAAUUCCAGACUCAGAGAAGCUCCCUGAUUCUGUCCCCACGAAGGAUCAGGACAAGCAUCUUGGUCUUUCAUCUUUGGAAAAGAACACAGAUUAA